GCCUCUUUGGGCAUCUAAUUGGAUAGCUAGCAAACACUCAGAUAAUCAAUUUAAAUUUCGUGAUAUAAUAAAUCUUGCAAAAACCAAACUUCUUGGAAGUACUUUUAGUUGGGAUAAAGGUAAAUUUAAUAGCCAAUGGAAGAGGAUUAUCACUCUUGCAUUAAUUGCAUGCACUGCUGUGUUAUAUGUCUUUCCAGCAUCAAGCAUUACACCAGAACUUAUUAGGGCACACAUGGUUACUCUGAUUGCAAUUGAUAAAGAUUAUGAAAAUUAUAUUAUCACAUAUCCUUCUGAACUUAUACUUUCAGAGGCUUCAUUGGAACUAAUGUCAGAGGGAAAUAUUUGGAAAGAAGUUCUUCAAGAAUUAGAUUUCACUUUUCGAUCAGAUGGUAUUCUUGAUGCUGGCAGUCAAAAUGAACUUGCUGUAAGGUUAUUAUUGUUAAAUGCUUG